AUGUUUGUGUACGCUGCCAACAAGGUGAACGAGCAGGACGCCAACCGGUCGCUUGCCAAACGGAAGAAGACGUUCACCGAGGAGGAGUGGGAAGAACAGUUGUCGCAGAUCAAGCGGAAACAGCUGGUUUUCGACGACUCUACCAAGUUCUAUCUUGUGCCGUUUGGAGCUCACAAGGAGGCCAAAGUCGAGGAGCUGAAAUCGGCUUUGGGCCCAAACACCGCGGUGAUCGACCUGAACGAGCUCAUCAAGCAGCAGAUGGACAGUCCCGAGUCGACUUAUGGAGCUCUUUUGGGGAAAACUCUGGACGGCUUCGAUACCAAUAAAUCGGCCUGUUUCUACACUUUCACGUACAGAUUGGCUCCUGGACUGUUCACCAAGCUGGUGAAGACCACGUCGCAGAAAUUAAAGGCCCAGAACCCGGAAUUGACCAACUUCGUGCUGCUAAACUACCCAAAUACAAUCCCCGAGGCCAUCAAGUUCGAGCAGGACGUUGCUGUGGCGCAAAAACUGGUCCUGCUAGACAACCAGGAAACCGACUCAAAUAUAGUGGAUUACUUCCGGACCGUGAACAAGGUGGCGGAUCUGGACCAGUUAAAGAAAUAG